GAUUAUUGGGGAUGUUUAUUAUUAACCCUUUAUAGACAGUUCCGGGUGGUUUGGGGGGUGGGAUCAGCUGAGAUGAUGGCCGGAGGGCCCCUUACUUGCUCCGGGCUCUGAUCACCUCUAAGUAUAGAAGAUCAGCGAUAACACUGAUCACUAUGUCCGAGCGUUAUUCAGGGGUUGUAAUAGAAGCCCCUCCCCUAAUAAGCUUAUACCGCCCCCACUUCUCCCAUAUUUCUAAUAAUGUAGGUGGGCGUGGCUUAGACAUGACGCUGUGAUGACGUCUAGAAGCUUUGUGUCAGCAUUUUUCCCCUGAUUUCCCUCCUAUACUGCCCCCAGAGGAUACAACAAGUAAAUAAGUGAGUUACACCCCGGAUAUCCGGCAGGAUCUAUUACAAUGUUAUAUUACACUAACCAGAAGACCGAGAAUCACAGGGGUGAGUGCAAAAAGGUUCCUAUAAGGUGUCAGGACGUGGCGGUCUAUUUCUCCAUGGAGGAGUGGGAGUAUGUAGAAGGACACAAGGAUCAGUACAAGGAUCAGGUCAUGAUGGAGGAUCAGCAGCCCCUCACAUCACCAGUCAGAUCCAGUAAGAGAACAGCACCAGAGAGGUGUCCCCGUCCUCUUGAUGAGCAGAAUAUGGAAAAUAUAGAUCUGAUCUAUAUUAAUGCUCCAGACAUAAAGGAAGAAGAAGAGAAGACAGAAGUGAGCGGCGAUGAGCAGUAUAAAAAGAACAUUUCUACAGGAAAAGAUUUCAUCUAUAUUAUUUCUACAGACAUAAAAAAAGAAAAGGAGACAGAUGUGAGCGGCGAUGAGCAGUAUGUGGAGGACAUUUCUACAGGGAAAGAUUUUAUCUAUGUUAAUGCUACAGACAUAAAGGAAGAAGAAGAGACAAAUGUGAGCGGUGAUAAGCAGUAUAAGGAGGACAUUCCUAUAGGGAAAGAUCUGAUCUAUAUUAAUACCACAGACCUAAAGAAAGAAGAAGAAGAGACAGAUGUGAGCGGUGAUGAUCAGUAUAAGGAGGACCUUCCUUCAGGGAAAGAUCUGAUCUAUAUUAAUGCUCCAGACAUAAUAGUAAAAGUAGAAGAAGAGACAGAUGUGAGCAGUGAUGAGCAGUAUAAGGAGGACGUUCCUACAGGUAAUCGCUCAGAUUCUUGUAGCAGGAGAUCAGAGGAGAAUCUUAUAUCUUCAGAUUAUAAAGCAGAUGAUGAUAUCACACAAGAUACAUAUGAAGAACAUUCCAUUAUCCCAGAUACACCCUCAGCUCUUCACAGCCAAGAUCUGAUCCUUAUAUACAGAUCUGAUCCUUAUAUACAGGUCCCAUCUUCUCAUUCAUCACAGGAUGUUAAGCAAAAAAAAAGUAAGAAGGAAUAUAUAUGUCCAGAAUGUGGGAAAUGUUGUGCUCAGAAAUCAGAUCUUUUAAAGCAUCUAAAAGUUCACACAGGAGAGAAGCCGUUUUCGUGUUCAGAAUGUGGAAAAUGUUUUAGUACCAAAUCAAAUCUUGUUAAACAUCAAAAAAGUCACAAAGGGGAGAAGCCAGUUUCGUGUUCAGAAUGUGGGAAACGUUUUACACAUCAAGGCAAUCUUGUUCAACACUUGAGAAUUCACACAGGGGAGAAGCCAUUUGCAUGCUCGCAAUGUGAUAAAUGUUUUUCUGAGAAAUCGUAUCUUGUUAAACAUCAGAGAAGUCACACAGGGGAGAAAACGGUUUUCAUGCUCAGAAUGUGGGAAAUGUUUUUCCAUCAAAUCAAAUCUUAUCCAACAUCAAAGAAUUCACACAGGAGAGAAGCCAUUUUUCAUGUUCCGAAUGUGAGAAAUGUUUUUCUGAUAAAGCAAAUCUUCUUAAACAUCAAAGAAUUCACACAGGGGAGAAACCAUUUCCAUGUCCCGAAUGUGGGAAAUGUUUUACUGAUAAAUCAAGUCUUGUUAAACAUCAAAGAAGUCACACAGGGGAGAAACCAUUUUCAUGUUCAGAUUGUGGGAAAUCUUUUCCUUGGAAUGCAGACCUUGUUAAACAUCAAAAAAACUCACACAGGGGAGAAGACCUUUCCAUGUUCAGAAUGUGGGAAAUGUUUUACUGAGAAAUCAAGUCUUGCUGUACAUCAAAGAACUCACACAGGGGAGAAGCCAUAUUCAUGCUCAGCAUGUGGAAAAAGUUUUACUUACAGAUCAAGUCUUGUUGAUCAUGAAAAAUCUCACGCAGAGAAGCAGUCAUUUUCAUGUUCAGAAUGUGGGAAAUGUUUCACUAAAAUAUCAAAUCUUAAAAAACACCAAAAAACUCACACAGGGGAAAAAGCCAUUUUCAUGUUCAGAAUGUGGGAAAUGUUAUACUCGCAAACCAAACCUUAUCAGUCAUCAAAGAACUCACACAGGAGAGAAACCAUUUUUCAUGCUCAGAAUGUGGGAAAUGUUUUAUUCUGAAAUCAAUUCUUGUUUAUACAUCAAAGAACUCACACCGGGGAGAGGCCAUUUUCAUGUUCAGAAUGUGGGAAAUGUUUUUACUCGGAAAUCAGCUCUUGUUCAGCAUCAAAGAUUUCACCCGUGAGAGAAGCCAAUUCAGAGCAAUAAAUGAUGCAGAUAAAACAUCUAUAUAUUAUCCAUGUACAUAGGAUAUCUGACAUUUAUACAUAUAUCAUAUACUGCAUCUCCAAACUUGUUACCAAUUGUUAAUAAAAGUUUUCUUUUGAAACGUAUCCAGCUAUGUCUU